AGAAGUACAGCACUGCAGUGCAGAAUGGAGAGCUGCCUGUAUUGCUGAUGGCAGGUAGGAAGCUGCAGUGGAAAAGAGUCCUCUGCAAUAAAUCUUGAAUCUUUUUUGCGACAGUGUCUAAAUUUACACAAGGAGGAAAAAUAACAACCAAUUACUGCACAGUGUUACUUUGUAAAAGGAUACUUCAGAGAGGGAAAAUAUUGAUUUGGGUGAUAACUGAUAACAGUCUAAUUUAUUUUUCAGUACAAACUGAACUGCAAUCAGUCAAUUAAUCUAACCACAACAAUAGUUGUCACUUUAAAUGCAGAAGUAAAUCCUGAAGGCUGCCAGAUAAGGGAUUGAGGAGUUUCCUUUGUAGCAGCCCUGUGUGCAGGGACCCCUCCAUAAUGCGCUCCAUUUCUCCUAGACACCCCCUCCCUCCACCCCUUCCCCAAUAACACCCCACCCCUCCCACACUUCCACUGCACAGAGUAAAUCCAGAGCCUGCAGUGCCUGAUCGCGCUAACCCAAAAGAUCCAUAUAAGAGGCAAAGAGGACAAAGGGACCAAACAGCAAAGCAGUGAGGAUAACUUCAAAAAGAAACCUGCACUGGACAAGUAAGCAAAGGGUCAAAUUCUGUGAGGAGAAUUCAGGCAGAGAUACAAAAAAAAAAGAAAAUCACCUUCAGCUGAGCAGCAGCUGGUCCCGAGCUUGAAAGCAGGAGAGGGAAGAAGGGCCGGACAGCAAAAAAAAAAAGGAGCAGAGAUAAGUGACUGGAAUGAUAAGAUGAGAAGGCAUGCGCUGCUGAAGCUCCCCCCUAAUGAGACCCUUCUGCAACUCCUGCUCGUGUUGUUGCUGGGGUCGCAUUCCCUAGCCGUGUGCCCUUCCAUGUGCUCCUGCAACCGCAGCCACAGGGAGGUAGACUGCUCCUGGAGGGGUCUGAGACAGUUGCCCGAUGGCCUGCAGCACAACAUACACUCCCUCAACUUGUCCCACAACAGAUUUCACAACCUAGACGGCCAGCUCACCUCAUACACCCACCUUCGCUCCCUCGAAUUGUCUCACAACCGGCUGAGCCACCUUCCCACCGGCUUGCCUCGUUCCCUCUGGCAUCUCUACGCCGCCUCCAACCGCCUCCAGUUGCUGGACAAGAACGAUACAGUCUAUCAGUGGAAUCUGCAAGUGCUUGACCUGUCCAACAACAAGCUGGAGCGAGCUAUCUUCAUUAACAAUACAUUGAUCAAUCUCUGCACGCUCAAUCUAAGUCACAAUAACUUCUGGACUUUGCCUACCAAUUUGCCUGCACACCUGGAGGUUAUUGACCUGUCCCACAACUUGCUUGUGAAUGUGCUGCCGGGCUCUCUGGACCGGCUUGUCAAACUAACUUACUUCUAUCUGCAUGCUAACCGCUUUUCCACGCUGCCCUAUGGAGUGUUUGACAAGACAGCAUCACUUAGAGUCAUCACUCUAGGUGACAAUCCUUGGGCCUGUCACUUUUACGCAGACAUCAGCUACUUACUUUCCUGGGCUCAGCAAACCCCUGCCCGCGUCCUGGGCUGCCCCUGCCACACCCAGCCUGUCUGCGGCGGGGUGCGCCCUAGCAGAACCGGAGGGUGGCACUUUGCCUCCUACAACCUGCCCCCUCUGGCAGCGAGUGCCCAGGACCUGAGCUCCAUUCCGCCUGACGACAGUGUCACUGGGUGGUGGUACUUGACUGUUUCUGCUCUGCUAAGCACCCAACACACCCCUAAAGAGACUUGGAACACACCGCACCACCCCUUCACAGUCACACCCAUCAGUAUGUCCACCUUUCCAACCAGAAGCACAGACACACACCCGACUAUUAAUCACCUCCACACCGAUUCUCAUCUCAUCUCUGGCACAAAGGAAGCCUCAUCUACUGAUUCCCUCCAAACCCCAGACACAUCCUCCCUUUCCGACACAAGCUUCAUUACAGAAACACCCAUCAGGGCUGACAUGACACUGGCCACAGACCGAUUCUUUACGACAGAGAGCCCCACCACCCAAACAAAGAAGACAACAACUCUUCGCACCAGGAGUGUGAGAAGGCAGAAUCAGGCCGUUCCUAGUGGCAUCAGCAAAAGCGGUCCAGCUCUUGCUACCUGCUCCUCACUCCAUCUGCUACACAAGCUGGGGCUCCUGUCUCUCAUUCUGCAACAAGUCCUCUGAAAGAUAAAGACUGACAGCCUGCAUUAAGUCCGCAUCUGAAUUUAGAGCACAAACAAAUUCGAGCCUGUGGUACUGUUAUGUUUUAUAUUACCAGCUAUUCCAAGCAAAAGGCCGUUUACAACACGACAACUUUAUGUACCUGAAAUCCUCAAUGUCUUAAUAUCCUACUUUUAGUGAUAAUUGGUCAAAAACAUGUGUUACCUUUUCUAAACACACAUCUUAAAAGUCUCCUCUUGAGUGCACUGAUUUGAAAAAAUAACAUUGUAAUGAAUGGAGCUAAGCACAUGGUGGCACUAUACAUUCAGGUACCAGUUUAUUAUGUAACUGAAUGUAGUCUGGUGCUCCUCUACCACUACAGUCUAUCUUUUUUGAGGCUAAAUUAUGACCUACAAAUUAUUGUGUAUCAUUUAUUUCUAUUUUCUACAGCUCUUGGCUGGAUUUGACGUCAUAUCUUUUUGUUUUAUUUGGUUGUUUAGGCGUUCAAAAAAAUACAAUACUCAGUGUUUUAAUGGACUUAUUUCCACUUUUAGAUGUCCCACAUUGCUGCCUGCUUGUUUCAUGUAACAAACCAUAUCACUCACCAGUGGUGGAAUAUUUUCCAUGGACAGGGUGUAUGCAAGGAAGUAAGGUCAUGUAUACAUAACAGAGAACAAGGCUCCGUGGAGUGAAGGGGAAACAAAUGGACAAUUUUGCGUCGCUAUCUUUAACAAACUCUGAGUGCAGAGUACUGCUUCUGUAUUUUGAUCACAUCUCAGACUUAAGUGUCCUUCAUGAUUCAGUGACGCUCGUGAAAAUGAUCUGCAUGGUGAUUGAACGUUCCAGAAAUCCUAACCUACUGCUUAUAUUGCCGCAGAGCAUCAAAGCACAUUCUCAGCUUAUUUAUAUGAAAUGUUAAAGAUAUUCCAAUCUUGAUUGCAUUCAGCGUAAAUAACAGGUUUUUACACUUUAGAAGUACCUUUGCCUAUGGUACCAAAAGGUUCAAAAAUAGAAGCAAAUGCAUCUCAGCAGGCUGCAUUUGGUAAAGAGAGAGAAUACAGUGCCAGAAACGCACUUCCUGUAAAGUGAAAUAAAAUGUGCUGAGUUAUUUACAUCUUCUGAUCAUCGUUUGAAUUUUGCUUCAGCAGCAACACCACAUUUUUCAUCUCAGAGGUCAGACAAACACCUUUUUUUUUUUUUUCCUUUUUAAAGUACUCAAUAACAACAUCUCCCAUGAGUCUUUGACAAAAGGUGUCAACCCUCACAGGGUCGAGGUAGUUGUUUAAUUAGCAGGCAUAGAUUUGUGUGUUGUUGUUUUUUUUUAGGUUUAUUUAUUCAAGGAGGGUUCACUUAUUCUAGUCAGACGUUGCUUCAGAGUUAAUCACACCUGCAAGGUGCCCAUAACAAAACGCUGUCUUAUCUGUUGGUCAUUGAGCAAUUGCUUCGUCAUCUACUGCAGCAGAAAUGCAAUGUGGAAUCGAGCUCGGUAUAAUAAAAGUAGAACCU